CGCGCUAAACCAAAAUCUUACCUUGUAAGGAAACACCAAUAUUUGUGUUCUCGAGUCUCGAAUCUCUCCGCUGCUGAACCACCGAUGGCACCACCGCCGGCGACGUCUCCGAACCCCCAACAGAUUCAGCAGUUCCUCAGCUCAGUCCUCUCGCAGCGUGGGCCUUCAGCUCUUCCCUACGCCGAGGACACCAAAUGGCUGAUCCGCCAACACCUCCUCUCCGUCAUCUCUCAAUUCCCCUCUCUCCAGCCCAAGACUGCAAAUUUCACCCACAACGACGGCCGAUCUGUGAACCUGCUGCAAGUCGAUGGAACUAUCCCGAUGCUCUUCCAAGGGGUCACCUACAACAUCCCCAUCAUCAUCUGGCUCAUGGAGUCCUACCCUCGCCACGCCCCUUACGUCUACGUUAAUCCCACGCGUGAUAUGAUCAUCAAGCGUCCGCAUUCCCACGUCUCCCCCUCCGGCCUCGUCUCCAUCCCUUGUCUACAGAACUGGAUUUACCCCAGCUCCAAUCUUAAUGAUUUAGUGCAAAGUUUGAGCGCCACUUUUGCUCGCGAUCCUCCACUUUACUCCCAGCGUGUUUCAAACCCUAACCCUAAUCCUAAUCCUAAUCCUAAUCCUAAUCAUACCCCUUCGCCUAAUCCGUCUGGGUCCAUCAAUUCUUCAAUUUCAUCGAGUUACGGAUCACUGGAGCGUCCCCCAGUGAUGCAACAGCAACAACCCCCAAGGGCGUAUCCACCAUCUCCAUACGGUAGGGUGCGGGCCCAAACAGAUGAUGCGGCAGAGGUGUUCAAGAAGAACGCGGUGAAUAAGUUGGUGGAGAUGGUACACGGGGACAUAAUUGGGAUGAGGAAGGCAAGGGAGACAGAGAUGGAAGGGUUGUUCGGUGCGCAGGCUGUGCUAAGAAGGCGGGAGGAGGAGUUAAACAAAGGGUUGAAGGGGAUGCAAGACGAGAAGGAGGCCUUGGAGCAGCAACUGCAGGUGGUCUUAAUGAACUUAGACAUAUUGGAUUGGUGGGCGAGGGACAACAAGGAGAAGACCAAUAAAUUGGGGGAUGUGGAUGUUGACAAUGCAUUCGAAUGCAUGGACCUUCUUUCUAAGCAGGUCUUGGAAUGCACAGCGGCAGAUUUGGCUAUUGAGGAUGCAGUUUAUUCCUUGGAUAAGGCUGUGCAGGAGGGAGCAGUGCCAUUUGAUCAAUAUUUGAGGAAUGUGAGGUUGUUGUCAAGAGAACAGUUUUUCCAUAGGGCCACAGCUGCAAAAGUUAGGGGGGCACAGUUGCAGGCUCAGGUUGCUAGCAUGGCCGCUAGGGCACCUCAUUAUGUCACAUGACUAGUUUGAGGUUAGCUCUUGUGAAAAUUAUCAAGAAUAUAUGUGUACCCUCACUAUAUAGCUUUUUUUUCUUCUUCUUCUUUUUCUGUUUUUUGUUGCUCUUCUUGAAUCUGUACUCACAUUGGAAAUAUAGUAUUUUGUUGUCAAUAAUGUGCUAUAUUGAGGUAGUUGAUAUGGUGAAAGUUGAAAUUCCUAUUUGGAAUGGACCAACUAUUAUUUUUAAGGAAUUUGAGUUUUGACCAUAGAAUUUGUGUUU